AUGCUGCCCGCCCUGGGAUCGCGGUUUCCGCUCCUUCUCGCAUCCAUCUUUGGCGGAACCGUUGUGUUAUCUGUGUUCGUCUUUGUCGCCUGGCACUCAGGACCGCGUCCGGCUUUUCCCAGGGUUUCUUCCUCCGCAUUUUCCAACGUAGGGCACUCGAAAUCGCCGCAAUCGUUUGCUGCCGCCGUUUCAUAUUUGUUCUCCGAGCUGAAGACACCUGUGGAUGAGCCUGCAAUAGACGAUGGAACUGGUAAGAAGAAAGCGCUCCGGCUCCCAAAUGAGCCGCGCUUCAGGGAGCCAUUGGGGAAGAAAAUCCUGAUCUUGGAUCUCGACACGAGACCGCUCGAGUCAACCGAAGACUACAACAAGGGCACGUUUGACUGGCGCACACUCGAGCAUGUUCCAGCUGGUGUCUUCGAGCACUAUGUAUACGCCCAGGUCCACGGAUACGACUACAAGUUCAUUCAAGCGCCGAAUUUUCAGGAUCGCCACGCUACAUGGAUCAAGCCAAGUGCUCUCGCGAAUGAGAUCAACAACUACAAGUUUAUUGUGUUCCUCGACGCCGAUGCCGCCUUUCGCUGGCUACACGUGCCGAUCGAAUGGAUGCUGAACUAUUGGAAAAUUCAGCCCGAACACUCGCUUACAAUGGCGCUCGAUCCCUGGGACGAGAAGGAACCUCAGUGUAAUUCCGAUCGUUUCAACCGUACCUACACCAACACUGGCUUCAUCGUGGCACAGAACAACGAGCACACCAUGCAGAUAUUAAAGGACUGGCAUGAAUGCCCGGACGACACAAAGUACCCGGGCUGCUCCCAAUGGAAAAAACCCAGAUUCCACGAACAGAGCGCGUUCGGCGAAUACGUUCGCUACGACUACGAACAGUACAUCAAGGAGUUGCCUUGCGCCGAGGCCAACGGUUUCCCUGGAGUCGAAGUUUCACAUUGCCAAGGACAAUUCAUCAGACACUACUGGUUCGAUAAGUGGCGCGUCAAGGAGGAUUUCCGUGAGAACAUCAUGCAAGCAUUUACCAUGAAAAUACAACAAAUCUUCGCCGAAGAUAACGGAACCGUCAUCCAUAAGACGGGCAAGAAUGUAAUACACGCAUGA